AUGUCGCGCUCUUCCGCAGGCUUCGCAGACUUCUUCCCCACCGCCCCCUCUGUCAUCCAACAAAAACGAUCCAAAGCCACCAAAGAGCGGCAGCGGCCAAGAGCUCACGUCGACCGGGAGCAUGCCGAUGAAGGGCAUAUAUUCGCCGGAGCCAGGACGACCGACAAAGCAGUCAACGGCAACGGCCUCACGGAUUCGAUACAAAGACCACGGCCAGAUCUAAGCAAGUCGCGCAAGGAUGUUGUGGGAGAUGGUCUGGCGAGUCCUCUGGAGGCGAAUACCCCAGUCAACAACUCAUCUGGGCCUGUAACAGGGUCUUUAAAUGAGGCCCGCCUGGAUACUCUCACGCCGCUCACCAAUGCAGAGUCGUCGCCGCAUAGCAAGCCGAGCCCGUCCCGGACGAGGGCGCCAAAUGAAUCGGGGGAGGACGUGCUCAAAGAGUCGAGAUUCGAAGCCCCAAAAAACACCAUGACACUACUUAAUACACCCCCAACACCAACGCAACAGCCACAACGCCAUCAUGUUGCAGUUGUAAGGGGCUGCAAGUUGGUGUACGACCCGGAUAGAGCUACCCCCAAGGAUAAGCGGAAGAAGCCCUGCUAUGUGGAUAUCGUUACAGAUGGCCAAGAGGACUUGUUGCCGGACCCUAGGUUGAGUAUACAAAACUAUACGCGUGGUUCUGCCUGCAGACAGAAGACCAAGUUCCGACCUGCUCCAUACGCGCUAAAACAUUGGGCCUACGACUCGGCCAGCACGGUGGGGUUGGGGCCUCCUGUGCAAAUUGUCGUUACUGGUUUCGAUCCGUUGACGCCACUUGCGCCAAUAAGUACCCUGUUUUCGAGCUUUGGCGAGAUCUCUGAGAUCAACAAUCGCACGGACCCCGAUACAGGCAGGUUCCUUGGGAUAUGCUCCAUCAAAUAUAAGGACAGCGCUUCAUUCCACGGUGGCGUUCCGGUUUCUGCAUCAGGCGCGGCGAAGCGCGCAUAUUACGAAUGCCGGAAGGGACAGCGUAUUGGCAACAACCGAAUCAAGGUCGAGUUAGAUCGCGACGGAUUAAUCUCGGGGAAAUUAGCUUCAAGGGCAGUUGAAGCCCAGAGGAUUUACUCAAAGGUCGAUUCACCCGCGAAAAAUGAGCCAAACCCAGAGGCCCGGUUAAACAAGAACGAACCACCUCCGACGGCACCGAAGGGUCCUUCUGGAAGAUCAUCCAUGCGUCCCUUGACUGUCAUUCCUGAGGGCCCAAGGGCAAGCUUCUUAAAACCAGCGAUUCCAUCAUUGAUCGAAGAUACUCCCAUACUGAGCCAAAUAAAGCGUGAUCCCUAUAUUUUCAUCGCGCAUUGCUAUGUGCCUGUUCUAAGUUCGACUCUGCCGCAUCUGAAAAAACGACUGAAAGCUUUCGACUGGAAAGAUAUUCGGUGUGACCGAACCGGGUAUUAUAUCGUUUUUGAGAACUCUCGACGAGGUGAAGAGGAAACCGAACGCUGUUACAAGUUCUGCCACAUGAAACUCCUUUUCACGUAUAUAAUGAAUAUGGAAAGCCAACCUUACGGUAAUCCGCAUUACGAGCGCAGCCCAAGCCCCGAGCGCUUGAAACAAGAACAACGGCAUAACGCGGAGAACGAACGGUUGAAAAGAGAGGCAGAACUGGACAUUGAGGAGGAAAAGAAGCAGCGAGCCCUAGACAUGAACCCCUGCACUGAAGUGUUGGCGAUCAUCAUGAAGGAUCUAAGGGACAAACUGCUCGAAGAUGUCAAGGCACGUAUUGCUGCACCAGCCUUGUAUGAUUACCUCGAUCCGGAGCGGCACUCCUUGAGAAGAAAACAACUAGGGAUAGCUGAUCCCGAUGGAAUCAAACGCCCUAUGUUUCGCCUUGAUUUUGACAGCCGUGAUAGUACGCCGGAUCCACAUACGAGAUUAUUGAUUAACCGCCAUCAGCCAGGCUUGUCUGGUCUGAACAUACUCUCUGCGCUCCCGAGGAUCAGGAAAGCCCAUCGUCUCGACCGUACAGAAAUUGCUUUUUUAGACGAAAGGCGCAAGCAGCCACUGCGAAGGAAAGAUGUCCGGCCGCUUUAUCACAGGUUGCAGCAACUACAUGAUGCAGAGGACUCUGACGAUGAGCAGCACACGCCACUUUCUAGAGAUACCGAUGAUCAAGACAGUCGUCCUCCCAGUCGGAUGAGUUCGGGAACUGAUUCCGAUGAUGCUGAUGAAGAUGCAACCGAAUUAUCUGAAGAUCAAAGGCCACACGAAGCAGAAACACACCCUGAGGUUGGCGACUCCGAAGCUGCGAUUCCAGAUUAUGAUCCUUCACGUAAGAGGAAAAGGCUUAGUGAAACUCUCGGUCGGCGCAAGAAACAAAAGGAGGCUGACGACAUCUCCGUGGUUGAGGAAACGCGGACAGGCGACAUAUCGCAGUCAAUGGUCAGCGACCAAAGGGUCGCUGUUCCCCAGCGAUUGUCCGAUUCCACCGACUACUUGCUACCUCUGGAUAGCAACAAAGGUCUACCUGACGGGGGUGUUGAAGAUACUAAAAUUAAGCGCUCAGAGCCUGAUACCAAAUCUUUGAACCAUGGUUACUCAGAUUCAUCAGCAUCGGAUAUGGUCGAGCAGGGCGGACGUCACGAUGGGGCUCGGCGCGAAGUUGAAUGGGCAGUAUCCAAUGAUGAGCCUAGGCCUGUUGUUGACGACGAUGAUUCCGUCAUUUUGGACCUUGACGGUUGGCAGAACAUGGUAAAGGAUGAAGAAGAUCUGCAGUUUCUUCGUGAUAUUUUGAAGGGCCAGCCGACAUCUGUCAUCCGUAAUCUGCCUGCUUGGGCAUGGAGACAGAAAGAAAUCAAGGCUCUCAAUUGCCCCGGCGACGUAGGGCCCACACGGCAGUCUGCUAGCAUUGAUGGCUAUUAUGUACCAAAUACUACGGGAGCUGCUCGGACUGAAGGCAGAAAGCGGAUUCUCGAAUCGGAGAAAUCGAAAUAUCUGCCGCAUCGUAUCAAGGUCCAGAAGGCUCGCGAGGAGCGUGAGGCCAAGGCCAAGAGCGAUCCGCAGAAUGCUGCUGCCGAGGCGGCUCGGAUCGCAGCAGCAAAGACGAUAUCUAAAUCAACCUCUCGUUCGACAAGAGUUAAUAAUCGCAGGCUGAUCGCUGAUAUCAACGCCCAGAAACAAGCUCUCCCUUCCCAGAGUGGUGAUAGUGAUGUUCUCCGAUUCAACCAAUUGAAGAAGCGCAAGAAGCCUGUACGGUUCGCACGGUCAGCCAUCCAUAAUUGGGGGCUCUAUGCUGAAGUUAAUAUAUCUGCGAACGAAAUGAUUAUCGAAUACGUGGGGGAGAAGGUCCGGCAGCAGGUUGCCGAUAUGAGAGAGCGGCGAUACCUGAAAAGCGGCAUCGGCAGUAGCUACCUCUUCCGAAUUGAUGAAAACACAGUUAUAGAUGCCACAAAAAGGGGCGGCAUUGCCAGAUUCAUCAAUCAUAGCUGCACGCCCAAUUGCACAGCUAAGAUCAUCAAGGUUGACGGGAGCAAACGAAUAGUCAUCUACGCAUUGAGAGACAUUGAAAGGGAUGAAGAAUUAACAUACGAUUACAAAUUUGAGAGGGAAUGGGAUAGCGAUGACAGAAUCCCUUGCCUUUGCGGCUCGGCCGGAUGUAAAGGCUUUCUGAACUGA